AUGGAUUUACCGCUGCCUUUCGGCAGCUCCUCCGUGAGAGGUGUGAAGAAGAAGAACAAGCGCAGAUACUGCUGCGUUAAGGAUUGCCACAACUGCGAAGGUGAUGACGGCAUCAAAUUUUACCGUUUCCCUUCAAGACCGUGGGAAGCAAACCGGCGGCUGAAGUGGAUCGUCGCGGUUCGGCGCGUCAACGGUGAUGACCUCUCACAUUGGAGCCCGAAUAACAAUACGAGAAUUUGUUCGAGGCACUUCGUCAACGAAGAAAAAAGCAACAUCGAGAAUCAUCCGGGUUACCUGCCAACAAUAUUCCCACCCGUCUACAAGAAGCGGCCCACGGCUCCUGCUGCACAGAUUUCCAGGUUCAGCAGGUACCUACUUUACUCGUGCCGCGAAGUAGCAGAAUUUGAUGCUGAAGACGCCAGCAGCAGUGCCAUCUCUGUAGCAGCCGAGGUGACUGGCGAUUCUAUAGAUGCAGCAGCAUGGGAUGGCCUGAACGUGUUGUGUGCUGCCGCUGAGAUCCACGUAGCAGCCAGAUCAGUGGAAACUCAAACAUCGGAGACGAGCAGCGUGACCACAAGCUUUUCAGUGUUUAUUUGCUGCACUGAAGGCAACAACCUGUCAACGCAGAUAACCCACCACGAGACACGCGACUGUGAAGUGCAACACAUUCCGAAUGUUGCCAGCAGGCACAGUGGUCCAGACCAUCGGACAAGCUAUUUUGCUGGCCACGAAAGUGUUUCAAGGAGUACAAGUGCUCUUGAGGACUUAUGUAAUGUAAGUCAGGUGGUGUUCGCCGUGCUCUUGAGUGUGUUUCCGGUCUCGACUGAGCGCAGAUGUGACGUAUCUAAAGAAGACCGACUGCUGCUGUUCCUGAUGAAAUUGAAACUUGGCAUCAGCUAUUCAUCCCUGGCUACCCUGUUCAGCAUUAGUGAAACAUCAGCCUCACGGCAUUUCAAAAGUGUCCUCAAAACCUUGGCAUUUGCUACAAAGCAAUGGAUUUUUCGUCCUCCACUCAGAGUUAUUCAGGCUACCAUGCCAGACUGUUUUAGGGCACAUUAUCCGGACUGCACAAUGAUAAUUGACUGCACAGAAAUCCGCACUGAGCAGCCACCUACUGUACAGCAGCAGAGGACUCUGUACUCCCAGUACAAAGGCGGGUAUACUUUGAAAUUUCUUGUUGCGGUUACACCUGGCGGGUUGAUAUGUUUCCACUCAGAUGCGUAUGGGGGAAGGGUGUCCGACACACACAUUACUGUCGAUUCUGGUUUCCUUGAUGUCAUUGAGUCUGGUGAUAAAAUACUUGCAGACAAGGGAUUUCCUGGGAUACGAACAGUUAUUGGUGAACGAAACGCUGUACUUGUCAUGCCCCCAUUUUUACAAGGCCCUCAGUUCAGUGCUCAAGAAGUUAGGGACACACAUAAUAUUGCGCAAGUGCGAGUUCAUGUGGAGAGGAUGAUCCAGAGAAUUAAAGUGCAUAACAUCUUAAACAACAGGGUGCCAAUUGAAAUGAUAGCACUCAUGACAGACGUGUUUCACGUGUGCUGUGUGCUGGCGAACCUUCAGCCUCCAAUAAUUAAGUUCAGUUAAAUCACUGAGAAUCAAGUCAUCUAGCGUAGCAACUGCCUCAUUUAACAGAUCAUUUUUGUCAAUAUCCACAAGGUGGAGGAAGGUUCACAAAACAAAAAUUAGUAAAUGGCAGCCACAC